GCUGUAGCUAACGCUAACUCAGUGUGCAACACGUUAGCUGUAUGUCUGCUAGCCUCAGUAAGCCUAGUAGAGAGAGUGACGUUCAGCACCGCGGACAGCUCCACGUCUAUAAGAACUAUAAACUUUUAACUCAUCGACAAUGGUAUAGAGUUCAGGCUUUGGUGCAGCUGCACCAUCCAUGAACUUUUCAACAAGGAUCACAGAAACCUCCACCAAUGGGUAUUCACCCUCGGAACUGACAGAUUAUGACGUAGACAGUCUACAGUUUGAACUGGCAAAGACGGAGGAUGAAAUUCAGACCUUGCGGCAGGUGCUUGUGGACAAAGAAAAACAUGCAGCAGACAUCCGGAGGCAGCUGGGUAUGAGUCCUCUGAGCAACGUCAAACAGAACCUGUCCAAAGGCUGGCAUGAAGUCCAGACCUCGGCUCCGUUUCUCACAGCCUCUGCCACUUUGGAGGAUGUGCGUCACUCUGAUGUGUAUGUAAGAACACGGGACGGUCUCUCUCAUGCUGGCCAGGUGACAUCUUCUGCGCUGUCCAACAUGGGUGUGGUCAUCGCCAGGAGAUUAGCAGAGAUGAGUGCUCUGCCUCUGCCCAGCCCAGCACGCACUCUGAGCCACACUAUGAGUGUCCCGACCAUGAGACACUCGUCUACUUUCAAGUCCUUUGAGGAGAUGGUUGGCAACGUAAAGGAUAAGGUGACGGGCGGUGGAGACACGUCUGGGUUUGAAAGAGGAUCCUCACGCCACAGCACAUGAGACGCUACACUACUAACUAAUUAUUUUUUCAUACCUUGUAAAGCUAACAAUGUCCUUGUCUACCGGUAUUUCUCACUUAAUACAUCAUUUAAUACAGGAAUUAUGAAUAGAACUAUAGAAACUAUGACAUUUGUAAUGUGAACUCAUUUAUCUCUAACUUAUGUCAUUUACAUUCUCAUUUUCGUGAUUUUCAGCAGUUUAUCUACAUUAAGAUGUGAGCAAAUUCUGAAGGACUGAUAUUAUUUACACACUAUGAUGUAAAUGCAACUGUUUUUGUACUUGUAUGGUUUUUAGUUAAAGUUAAUUAAAUUAAGUGUUUGUUGUUCAUUUUAGUCACGUAAAUAAAUACGAUUUUUCUAGUU